AUGUCGUCUAUGCCUCGUAUGGAGGGGACGGCCGGCCAGCACCUAAGCUGGAGUGCUCUGGCACUCAAGAGUUUGGUGGUGCUGCUUUGUCCACUCGUUGUCUUCCGGUUUAUCUUCGUGGAUGUCUGGGGCGGCCUGAAUGACGCAGCGGUUCCGAUCCUGGGUCUCUACCUCUUGCGAGAGGGGGAUCAGAACUUCUUCGCUUGCUACGAGCGCCUCAGCAAGAUCUGGUUGUUCAACGAAUGCUGCGGGAUGCAGAAGGACGUGACCUUUGUCAGCGCCCUGGUUGUCUUUAUUCUUGUUAGCCUGGUGUGCGCGGCGAACGAUGCGUACCUCCUUCUCUGCCGAGACCCCAGCAUCUCCGGCUGGCACGAACUGGUGGCCGGCAACGGCCUGCUGAAUGUCUUCGGUGCUUCUCUGGCCAUACACAUGUGGAGAGUGCUGCACGGCAAGGCCGGCUUUCAGACGAAGCGCCAAAGUGCGGUAACUUUCGAG